AUGGAAAUUGUUACUUCAACUGUAGGUUCAAUUGCCGAGAACAUUUUCAACCGCCUGUUCGAUGCAGCAGGCCGUCAGCUCGGUUACUUGUUUCACUACAACGACAACAUCGAAGCAUUAAGAAAGCAAACUCAGAAACUUGCAGGUAUCCGAGACAGGGUACAAGGACAAAUUGAAGCUGCUGAAAGGAAUCUUGAAAUUAUUGAAACUGAUGUGCAGAGCUGGAUGGCAGAAGUUGAUAAAAUCUCUGCCGAAGCUGCAAAGUUUUUGGAAGAUGAAGUCAAUGCAAACAAGAGGUGUCUUAGCGGGUGGUGUAUUAAUCCCAGAUCCCGUUACAGAUUCAGUAAGGAGGCGAAUAAGAAGAAUCUUGCGAUUUCUCAGCUCCAAAAAGAUGGGAAAUUUGAGAAGGUAUCUCGUCCUGCUCCUCCUCCAGGAAUUAUUUCUUCGUCUGAGGUAUUUUCUGGAACUUUUGAAUCCAGAAAAUCAAUUAUGAAGCAAAUCUUGGAGGCCUUGAGAGAUGACAACGUCAGUAUCAUUGGAGUGUGUGGGAUGGGCGGUGUGGGUAAGACCACACUAGUGACAGAAAUCGGCAAACAAGCAAAGGCAGAUAAGCGAUAUGAUGUUGUGGUGAUGACAACUGUGUCUCAAACCGUAAAACCUACAUGA